AUGCGCCUAGUUAGUCAGGGGUUCAUCCUACAGCAAGAUAAUGACCCAAAACAUAAGUCCAAGCUAUGCCAGAACUACCCUUGGGAAAAAAACAAGAUGGUCUCUCUGAAGCCUAAAGCGCUGAGUCAUGUUGAGGCGGCGUCUAUCCCAUACGUGGCGGCAACAGCCUGGUCAGCUUUGGUUACUACAGGGGGCCUGCACAGUGAGAACUGCUCCAAGAAGAGGAUCUUGGUGCAUGGGGCAUCAGGUGGAAUUGGCACUUUUUCUAUUCAGCUGCUGAAGGCCUGGGGCGGUCAUGUGACGGCCACCUGCUUUAAGGAUGGCCUUGGCCUGGUCAAGGAGCUGGGAGCAGAUGAUGUCAUCGACUGCUCAACCACAGACGCAGCCUCGCAGCUAAGGACACGCCAGAAGUUUGAUCUGAUUCUGGAUAAUGUGGGCGGAGAGACGGACAGUUGGGCUAUGGACCUGCUGAAGCCUUGGGCAGGGUCAAAGUUUGUGACCUUGGUGUCACCUCUGCUGCGGAACACAGAUUCUCUAGGCCUGGUGGAUGGAGUCCUUCAGUCAGGAAUGACUUUGCAUGACAAGGCCAUCAGGAGCUUGGUAAAUGGUGUUUUUUACCGUUGGGCCUUUUAUGUGCCUGAUGGAGUGGCACUGGAUCGAAUUGGUCAACUGGUCUCAUCAGGAAAGCCUUGAGUUCUUUGGAGAAAAGAUGAAAACGAGCACACAUCCGGAAUUACUUACACCUGGCUUGACUUAGUCGCUCCUACUCAUCCUGGCUUGUCGUUCAUGAAACGCGUUGAGCUAGGAUGACCAGACAGUGCUAGGUCAAGUCUCACUUUAUCUCUUAUGUUGGAUUUCAUGGCAGACACGUUUGUCCAAAGCAACAUACAAUAAUAACAACAAACAUUAUCAUUAAAACGUUUACAGUUUAAAGUGGUUAUAUAGCCUGCAUAGUUUUAACAGAAUAAUAACAAUACCAAAUCGGCAUGAUAACAAUCGGCAUAAACAUAUACAGAUCCUAACUCUGUAAAGGAAAUUAAUUGUUAUGUGAUUGCUGUAGAAGCACAAAAACUUCUGACACUUGUCCUCACUCACUGAGUUGUGUACAUGGUACUGUUUAGUGUAGCGCUAUACUGAAUAUGCACACACACUCACACUCCAGGCCUGCAUAUAUACUGAAACACACACACACACACACACACACACACACACACACACACACACACACACACAGAAGCCCAAAGACCACAUUCUGGUAUGUGUUGAGUGAAGCACAUAAUCUCACGCUUUGUCACAAGGCUUAUGGAUGUGUGUGUGUCUGUGUGGUUGCCUGUGUGGUAUGGUUGAAGGUGUGUGUACAUUAUAAACAUCAAAUGCUGUUCGUUUUACUGUGUGUGCGCUUGCUCGAGCGCACGGGUGGGUGGGUGUGUGUGUGUGUGUGUGUGUGAGAGAGUGUGUAUUUAAAUGUGAUGGAGAAUGUUUGAGUGUGUGACAUAGUGUUUAAGUGAGUCAACAAGUGAUUAUACUGUAUGAGUGAGUGAGUACAUUUGUGUGUGUGUGUGUGUGUGUAAUCCUCUCUUUGUCUGUGCUUUAGCUCUACUCAUACCCUCGUGCGUGCGGCCGGAUGCCAUCCCGCCCUGGUUUCCGUGACGAUGCCAGGGUUCCCAUUCAGUACAGACAGACGCUGACAGGCCUGGAGUGUGUGUGUGUGUGUCAUGUCCCUGAG